AUGGCGUCUGCAUUCGCCGUAGCUCUAGUUGCAUUACAAUUUGGGUUGACAACUGCCAAUGAUGCAACGUGUAUUUUAGAUGAUAUUCAAGUUCAAGAUAAUUUUGAUCUGAAAAAGUAUUUAGGAAAAUGGUAUGAAAUUUAUUGGAUUCUGCCAUUCGACAUCAAUGAUCCAUUCACUGAUUAUAACCAUGUAUAUGAAGAAGUAAACUCAACCCAUUUUGUUUCACAUAUAACUGGAAGGUCGUAUGAAGGAAAAUGCUUCUACAAUGAUGUACAUUUCGAGAUUAUCGGAAAUAGCAAAUUUAUAAAAAUCGAAGAUAGUGAUAAGCCGUUCUGGGUGUUAAAGACUGACUAUGAUAAUUACUCUGCCACCUAUGGAUGUGAUGAGAAGUUUGAGAAUGGUACAUGUAAUAAGGCCCGUGGUUGGAUAUGGAGUAGAAAUAAAUCAAUGUCCUUAGAACAUUUCAAUCAGGCUAAAAAUGCAUUGGAAUCGGCUUGUAUACCUACGUCGGAAUUGUUGAAGACAAAACAAACCAAUCGUGAGUAA